AUGAAGUUCACAGCCUUGACUAUCACCUUACUGGCCGGCGGCGCUUUAGCUGCGCCACACUCGGGGCUCGUUGACCGACUCCAAGCACGUGGAGUCUUGUCACACCAGUCGCGGCCCGCUCAUCACACCUCCGAAGGUCUUCUAAUGAAAGAAGGCUCCGAUGCCACUAAAGUUCAGUACAGCAAGAACUGGGCUGGACUUGUGCGUGAAAAUCCUCCCGCCAGUAGCACAUAUACCGCUGUCUCCGCCACCUUUACUGUGCCAAAUCCAACUGCCACAGACGACUCCGGCAAUCUGCAAGCUGCUUCCGCUUGGGUGGGUAUUGACGGUGAUACUUAUACCAAUGCUAUUCUGCAAACUGGCAUCGAUGCCUAUAUCAGCAAUGGUGAAAAGUCCUACGACGCAUGGUACGAGUGGUAUCCUGACAGUGCAGAAAACUUCGAUAUCGACUUGACUGCUGGUGAUGUGAUUGUUGCUCAAGUACGAUCCACUUCGCCCAGUAAGGGAGUUUGCAUCAUUGAGAACCAGUCUUCGGGCCAGAGUGUGACUAAGACGCUGUCGGCACCCUCCACCACGGCCACACUUGGAGGACAGAAUGCGGAAUGGAUUGUUGAAGACUUCAACUCCGGAUCCACGAUGGUGCCAUUUGCAAACUUUGGCAAGAUCACUUUUACUGGUGCUCAGGCUGAGGCUGGUGGCAGUGACUACGGUAUUCAAGAUGCUACUGAGAUCUUGGAGAUCCAGCAGAACAACAAGGUUCUCACCGAUGUGAAGGUUGUGAGCGACAAUGAGUUCAGUGUUACUUACAAGUCAUGA